AUGGCCCGAGUCUCCACUCUACUGCUCUUCACGGCAGCCCUCAUUAAUUACGCUUAUACACAGACCCCGGUCAUCGGUGGAUCAUGCAAAGUCGGCACCGCUGAUGUUCAGAUUGGCGGCAAGCAGACGCAAUUUUUCCUGAAAUGCGAAGCCACCGCAGAAAGCACGAACGGUGAGGGAGUUUGGGUGGUAAAGUCGAGGUCGGCUGCCUCGCCGACCGCCGCGCCGACGACGUCGGCCCCGGCUGAGAAUACUCAACCCCAGCAGAGGCCACCCAUGUUCAAGUAUAACCCGAACAUUUGCGAGCAAGACAACGGUGCCCGCGAGGGCGACUCUUGCACCGUGUCGGCCACCUGCCUUCAGGCCAACCUCGACAAUCCGACCACAUUCCUCCAGUGCGAGCAGGCCUCGCAGCGCUGGAUCAAGAAGUCGUGCCAGGACACCUACAUCUUCAACUUUGAGCAGCAGGCCUGCAUCGUCCCCAAGCGCAACCCCGGCAGCCUUCACCGUAAGUUGCCAGAUUCUUUUAAAAGCUCCCUGAUCCCUAUUAACAACCUAACCUCCAACCCCCGCCCAGCUAACAAACCGUGUGCCCGGUGCGAGGAUGGAUGCCCGAAUGGGACGACCUGCUCGAAGUUGAGCGGCUGCUGCCGGCCGCUGAUUUUUACUUCGCCGAGGAUGAAGUUCAAGGACUACGUUUCGGGAUACAUAGAAGCGGAAGUGAUCUCCGAGUCCGGAAAAGAACCUGGGAAAGAAUGCCUUGAGCUGAGCUGCACCACACCAGAAGAUUGCCCACCUACAUUUGCAUGCGAGACUGGCACUUGCCGGUUGAUGAUCUGCCCAGUCAGUGCCGCCAGGGUGCGCUUCAAAUGCAAGCAUAAAUAUCACUGCCGGGCUUCCGAAGAAUGCAUCCUUGGCGGAUGCUGCCCAAAACGGGAGAUGAACUCGACAACCCCAGGAAGUGUAGAUAACAUGGAUGUGUACCGAUCGAUUAUGAGCACUAUGCAGACGAGGCAAUAUUCAAAAACAACGACGACGAUCCUUCCGAUUACCACUACCGCUCCAAAGACCUCAUACGAGGGAGAUGAAGCGCCUUCAGAAGAUGGCUGCCAGCUCGAUCAGACUUUUUUGGGACAAUGCUCUAUGGAAAGUCCAUGUUCUGAUGAAGCUGAAUGCAGAGACGGAAAGUGUUGCUUCUUGAUGCAGGGUAGAUGCGCGAAUACGCUAAUGCCACUUGCGUAUCCGGCAAGCUGCAGUGAGGCUGAAGAAUGCCCAUUUGGAUCUUCAUGUGAAGAAUCGAAAUGCUGUCCGGCAGAAGAGGAAACGACUACAGCCACUGUUGCGACUACCACGAUUGCGAGGAGGCCAAGAAAACCUAAAGCAAAGGAUCCCUGCCUUGACUCACAUCAAUGUAACGCCACUUCACUAUGUCCUCCGGAAUUUACCUGUUCUCUGACCGGACAGUGCUGCCGAUAUUCUCAACUCUGCCCGGAUCGCACGGUACCUGAGGCACUGUGUGGAGACGCUAAAAUCUGCCCGAGCGCCGAACAUGCAUGCAUGCGGCUUGGGAAAGAACACUUUGCGUGCUGCCCAUCAGAUAACAGCUCUGGGAUCGAGAGGCUGUCGGAAGAAGAUAUGAUGGAAAUGGCGGUUCCGCGAAAGUUCUUCGAUGAGAAACGUCUCAUUAAGACCCGUUUUGGCAAGCGCGGAAGUUGCCCAACAGGCAGUAUUCAAGUUCCGCCUAAAAUCGGGAGACUUUGCCGACUCAGCAUUCAAUGCCCGUACCCAUAUUACUGUCAAUCCACCUCCGGACUUGUCUGCACUUUCUCCUCGUGCUCAAACUCGAACCCGUGCUCAUCCGGAACCUGCAACAACGGAUACUGCUGCUCCUCCGGCUCGUCCGCUCCCCAAAUCAUUGUUGCUCAACCUAGCAGCUCUUGCAACGGAUGCCAGCAGGCCCCGCAAAUCAUCUCCAUCCCUGUCUGCCCUGGUGGUGGAUCUUCUCUUGGCAGCUGUGGCUCGACUGGCUUCUGCGCCACCGGAUACCAGUGCGUCCAGGGAUCUUGCUGCCCCUCGUACAACCAGCCCUCCAUCUCUGUCUUGUCUUGCCCUGGUGGCGGACAAGCCGUCGGAUCUUGCAUCUCGGGAGGUUGCGCCACCGGCUACUCGUGCUCUUCCAACAACCAGUGCUGCCCGACCACCAACCCCUUCGUCUGCAAUGACGGCACCCAGGCUGCCGGAGGCUGCGUGAACGGCCAAUGCGGUACCGGAUACACCUGCUCCAACGGACUCUGCUGCGCCUCCACCUCCAGCUCCCCGAAGUGCCUUGACGGAACCGCCGCUGUUGGUGCUUGCAUCCCAUCGUGCACUGGCAACGGAUGCGGAGGAACCACCCUCUCCUACUACUGCGGAUCUGGCUACACCUGCACCACCGGAAACAUUUGCUGCCCAACCCAGAGCUGCCCAGAUGGUGGUGAGCCAAUCGGACCGACUGUCAACGGACUCUGCCCAACUGGCUACACCGCUCAGGGCAACCAAUGCUGCUCCGUUGUUGCCACUUGCUUGACCGGGGAGGAGAACAUUGGACUUCCGAUCAACGAAUUCUGCCCGGCUGGAUCCACCCUUCGUGGAACUGUCUGCUGCCGUGCUGCUCUUGUCUUCGCUGCCGACUGUAUCCCGACAGUUCAGCUCGCCAACGCUGGAUGUGACGCUGCCGGAGAUGCUUGCGGAGCUGGCGGUACCGUCCAACUUGGAUACGCUUGCCGUGAUGUCGACAGCAGCCUCGUUUGCUGCCCGCUCGUUGACUACACCGACACCAGCUGCAUCAUUGGACCAGUCAUCCUCGAUAGCUGCCCUAUUGACUACACUGCCGUCUUUGUCAAUGGCGAGAACCAGUGCGUCGCCCUCUCUUGCAUCAGCGGUCUCUGCGAUGCGUCUGAGCAGUCUGGACCUUGCGUCUCUGAUGAAUGCCCCACUGGUUACACUUGCAAUGUUUACGCUGGAGUGUGCUGCUCUGACUCUUCAACUGCCCUCAUGAGGAUGAGCCGUCUGAAGACCAAGCCAACCAUCGUUAUGCCACCCCGGUCCAUUUUCUCCAGGCCCGCACCUCAAGCCUGCCCGAGCGGGGACGAGCCCGUCUCGGCAUGCAUUAAUGGGCUGUGCGGUGCCGGCCUUGAAUGCUUCAACAACAAGCUGUGCUGCCCCGCCGGCACGAAUCCAUCGUUCGGAUCCCGGGAAAAUCUGCAUUCCCUGCUGUCCGCUGUCGCCACCCAGAAACCCAAGAGGUUAUGUCCGAAUGGCGAAGAAGCGCUGAGCAGCUGCUUCCCCGAUGGAUCCUGUGGAGAAGAUCUCAUCUGCCUCGGCGGAGUCUGCUGUGGGACGCCUGGCCUCCAGUUCAGCCAAGCCAAGCAUAGAAACACCUCGAUCGGAACGUCGUGCUCCUCAUCGCAGCAGUGCGCCGGAUUCACCGAGGGUCUGUCGAAGUGCGAGCGUCGCGUCUGCCGCUGCACCUCCAUCGCCUACGCCAAGGGAAUCGCCUGCGUCAGGAAGAAGAUGCUCAUGUUCAACGACGAGCCGAUGCCAGUUGACUCGAACUCGGUGAUUGCCGCCGCCCCACCCAGC